AAUGGCAACGAUGUAUUAGUUUGGUUGUGGUUAUUGGUUGGAAGAAAGAGUGAAGUAGUAGGAAAAGUAUAUAAAUUGGAGCGAAGAAGUUUUAUUAUUAAAAUUCAGUUAUGUCUUACGCGUAUCUGUUCAAGUAUAUAAUUAUUGGUGACACAGGAGUUGGAAAAUCAUGCUUGUUGUUGCAGUUUACUGAUAAAAGGUUCCAACCUGUGCAUGAUCUCACUAUUGGUGUGGAAUUUGGAGCCAGAAUGAUCACAAUUGAUGGCAAACAAAUAAAGCUUCAAAUAUGGGACACUGCUGGACAAGAAGCUUUCCGAUCCAUCACCAGAUCAUAUUACAGAGGUGCAGCUGGUGCUCUGUUGGUUUAUGACAUUACAAGAAGAGAUACUUUUAAUCAUCUAACAACAUGGCUGGAAGAUGCUCGACAACAUUCCAAUUCAAAUAUGGUGAUAAUGCUUAUUGGAAAUAAAAGUGAUUUAGAAUCCCGCAGAGAAGUGAAAAAAGAAGAAGGUGAUGCAUUUGCUCGUGAACAUGGUUUAAUUUUUAUGGAAACUUCUGCAAAAACCGCUGCAAAUGUUGAAGAGGCUUUCAUCAACACAGCAAAAGAAAUUUAUGAAAAGAUUCAAGAAGGAGUAUUUGAUAUUAACAAUGAGGCGAAUGGUAUUAAAAUUGGACCUCAGCAUUCACCAACUAAUCCUAAUAUGCCUAUGAGUGGACAAGGUGCCAACCAAGGUGGAGGUUGCUGCUGAUUGUUCCAUUUAAUAUAUUCUUUUCUGUUACUGUACUGCAUCCAAUUAACAGUUUGAUGGAUCAAAAGACAUAUUUCUUUUGUGUGAUCUGGUUUGUGUAUUUUUCCAAAGCAAUAGCAUGCAUUUUUGAAAACAGAGCAAGUUAAAAACAAAAAUGAGGUCAAUCUUCAUCAUCUAAUCCUUUUUGUGUGCAUGUAUACAUUUGCAGUAACUUGAACCUAACUGUAAGUUGUGUAUUUUUGGUCUCUUAUGUAUUUUCCUGUAUUUCUUGUAGAAUAAGUAUUUCUAAGAUAAAGCUGUAAAUAUUUAGAUUUGUAUGUUUUUCUGUGAAAAACAAAACAUUAAAAAAUUGUAAUUCCUAAUUAUCUGAAAUAUGUUUCUACUCAUGGAAUUACUCAUUAAUGGAAAAAUAUUUAUUUUGUGCUUUGCAGUUAUAUCAUCUGUUCGCAAACUUAAACUGAAAAAUAAAGUUUAUGGUUUCAUUUAAGAGAAAAUGUUCAAAACAGUCUCAUGUUAGGAACUGCUUUUUGGUAGUAUUUAGCAUGAUUUAAACAACUGUCCUGAUUAUAAAAUAAUUUAUGUAAAUCUGUAGUGUUUUUGUUUUAGAAGUGUUACUGUUAUGUUAAAUUCAUAUUUAAAUAGAUUAUUUUUAGAUGUGAAUUAAAUUUUCUUUUAUAGCAAAGGAUAUUUUUUCAUUUUUUCAUAAACAUUUAUGGAAGAACCCACCAAUUUAAUUAAUCACUGUAAAUGCCUAUUUUAUAAGUCAAAUUACAUUUUCAGAUAAAUGGUAUUUGCUUUUCCUAAGCUGUCUUUUGUCAUUGCAAUGCUGUAUGAAAAUUUUGUGUCUUAGACCAUGCACUUUCUGAUAUCUUGGAGAUAUGUGUUCUGUAUGAAUGCAAAGUCUCCUCCCUGCAUUUUUAAAGGAAAAGUGCUAGAAUAUGAAUUUCAGUUGAAUACUUGUGAAUAUUUGUGAAGUUUGUUUCUCUGUGCCUUCAUCUUCUCUGUAUUUAUUUAAAACUACAAGCAUGGUAAUAUUCAUUUUGAAUAACAAUGUAAGAUGAGAAUACAAAUAAUAGUUUCUUUUCAAAACAGCCAAAAAAUGGUAAUGAAUUAUUAGAAUAGAGGAGCAAGAAAUUUAUUAAAUCUAAAUUAACAUUCUAAAAAUAUGGCUGAAUUUAUGGUCAAAAAUUGCUAUAGUGUUUUAAGACAAGUGAUGAUGCAGAGAAACAACAACAUUUGUAAUAAAAUAUCUAGUCAUUUGUAUAGUUACAUUCUGGUAGCAGUAGUAACAUGGAAAUAUCGAAAUAUUCAUGUGUAUCAAAUUAAAUGCAGUGCAUAUAUAAUGAAAAUUAUAUACUCUACAUGUGAUACAUCUGCAAUGCCUUUUUAUAAACCAUCUAUUCAUUUACACACUUUUCAUCAAAAAACAAACUAUUUCGUGUUUUGAGUUAUUGGCUUUGGAAAUGAUAAAUACAUUAUAUGUAUAACAAAAAAGGAUAUUAAAGAGCUUGGUUAAAAGAAUAAAAUUGAUGUAUGGAGAUGA